UAUCGGUAAUAUUUAGAGUGUUGAAUUGAUUUGAAUUUAUAACGUGAUUUAUUUCCUUUUAUCUCAUCAAUAUCUCAUUAUUCAUUGUUACGAGCAAUAAAUUUUAUGAUGUACAUACCUACGACGACUUGCCCGAUGUCAAUUGACGCAUCAAGGAUAUUUAAUAUCGAGUCCUAUGUUUACAACCCUUACGUUUCAUUUAAGUAUUUGAAGAGGAACGGUAGUCUUUAGAAUGUAUAUUAAUGGUCGUGAAAUUAUAGGAAAAUCGAAUAUCACAGAUCACAGAAUAAAAAUUAUAUGCGUAAGAACGAAACGGUGGGCAAUUAUUUGCGUUACGUCACUGGUAUACCAAAGUCGAGGCCGUUUAUAAUUUAUUUCCCGUACUCGUGAGAUAGUGCGUGGGGAAUCAAAUAACUCUUAUGAUAAGAAAGGGAUGUGAUCGUCUAUCUCGCUGUUUUCGGGCUCUGUGAAAUGGCGGAAUUCGUUAAGAGAGGUAGUGUGCAGCUCGUCAAGCGUGGCAGUGUACAGAUAAAACAAGCUGCGAAAGAAGUUCGAGCGGCCGUACGAGCGCGGCACGUCGUGGCCGCGCUCGUGGCCGUAGGAUUUGCUCUCUGCGGAGCCGUCGAAGUAAGUUCAUCGGUAGCCCUAUUGGCCAAUCAGGAGGACAAUCAUGCCAUCAUCGACACAUCAUGGCAUUGCGACAUGUUGGUCAACAUCACAAGUCGAAAUCGUACUGAAGAUUUUGAAGUUAUACUUCUUGAGCUACCACAAGAAGAGCGUGCAGAGUCAAUUAUGCGCGAGGCCUUUCUCUGGGGUCAGGUCGCAGGUCCCAUUCUGGGUGGUUGUUUAGUUUGGGGCAGAUCAGGCCCCUCAAUGGUUUUCUCACGAGCAGUUCUCAGCGCCUGUCUUGCCUCCUUAUUGGUCCCAGCAGCCUGGAGAGGUCCGUCCCACGUGGCACUCAGACUCUUUCAAGGAUUAUGCACAGGUGCAACCAUGCCUGCAGCUCACAUGCUCGCCAUGACCUGGUUCAAGAGCACUCAUAGAAGUUGGUUCUUUAGUUGUUAUGCCGCGGUUAGUGUAGGUUACUGCCUUACCGGCUGGAUUGGCACUGCAGUAGUCCGAACAUUUGGUCGAGAUUCUUUAUGCUAUGGUUUAGUGCUACUUACGUUAUGUUGGUACUUCACGUUCGGACGUUUCGUCAAGGAUUCACCAAAAUCUUACCAGCACGAUACUAACGCGGCUGUAAUACCAUGGGGAAAAUUAUUAAGAUCCGUACCUGUGUGGGCUUCCGCCGUGGCAACGAUGGGCAAUCAAUGGGGCGACGCCACUCUUUCUCUCGGCAUGACGAAAUACUUGAAGCUUAUCUAUGGUUUCUCAACAGCUAACGACUCCGUGCUAACCACGUUACCGCACAUCGGCCAUUUUAUGGCGGCACUCACGUGCGGUCUGCUAGUUGAUCACGUACGUGAAUCUGGAAUAGUAUCCACGACUACGGCCAGAAAGCUAGUGGUGUAUACAGCGCACUUUAUACCGGCUGCACUUUUAUUCGUGGCUGGUUAUGCCGGUUGUCAGGCUUUAGGGGCUGCCUGGUUAGGCAUUGCUGCCCUUCUCGUAUCUGGCACUGCGCCUGCAGGUGCGCUUGCUGCGAUUGCUGAUCUUGCUCCUGAGGAAUCUCCCGCAUGUGCAGCUGCUGCCUGCGCUCUGUGCUCUACACUUGGCGCAGCCGGUUUACUCGCUGCUAAUUAUUUCGUUACCCAAGCUCUACACGGUUCCAUUGCUGGCUCAUGGCGUUUGGUAUUUGGCGUUGCGUCUGUCGUCCUCUUGGCAACUGCUGCAGUUUUUCUCGCUCUUGGCAAAGGCGUCCCGCAACCAUGGAUUCCAUCUGUUGCUAGACCACGCAGUCAUGACGUUAUUUACGAGCAGGAUGUACUGGAACUCGACUACGAAGACGUCGGUGUCCAAACGGAACCUUUCGAUCCAUAUGGACUGGAUGAGGACGUCGAGAGCCUCAAAGGUGUUCCAAGAUCGGCCUCGGUGCAUUCAAAAAGCUCAAUUGCACAUGUUUAAAUAUUAUAGUAAUGACAGUUUUGACAAUUCAUCACUCACCUGUAGAUAUUGCUCAGUACAAUGACUUGAUAAAUUUAUCUUGCGUUUCGUCAGGUCUGUUUAAGAAUUAGGAUUCGAAUCCAGUGAUAGAACGGCUUAUGGCAGGGAGAACAAAAUAAAUAGACACGUUCACAGUA